AUGGCGGCCAAGACAGAGACAGGACGCCGAGACAUCCGCUUAUUACCUGUACAUUUGCUGGGACAGGAGUCGACGAUCAAACAUUCAUGGCCGCUGCCCUUCUCCGAUCUCGAUAUCACGCAAGACACCGAUGGCUCGCUCUUCCAGACAGCGUCCCAUCUGCCAUCAGAGCUCCACGUCAUGCUUGAUGAUCACGUAAUUGCCGGGCAAGAUCCGCUAUACGCUCUCGCACCUAUACUCUUGUUUGCAGCCGCAUCGGAGAUUCAGCUACUAUCGACACUGCAAAAAUGGCACGACAUAAUCGCGUCGACGAAAUGGGAUCGGAAGUACUCAACGGAGCAUCUGGAACAACUCAUCAUGCACAAACACCUCCUGGAUGACCACGCAAGUCGACAUGAAGAAGUUCUCCGAUUCAUCAGCUCGCCAAAGCUGGCUCGAUGGGCGGCCAAUCUCACACAAGACCAGAGCGAUGUAGCUCAGGAAGCCAAAGAUGCAGUCAAGGCCGACUUUGAAUUCCUUCGAUCGCGUUGCCGCCAGCUGUCGUUGCACUACCAGGAAGCGAUAUCGAUCCUAGUCAGCGCCACUUCUCUCGCGGAGUCGCAGAAACAGAUUACGCUUGCUACGCAGGUCACGAAGCUGACUAUACUUGCGACCAUCUUUCUUCCGCUUUCGUACUGCACUUCGAUAUUCGGCAUGAACUUUGUUGAGUUGGAGCAGUUGAAUAUAUGGAUCUGGGUAGUUGUCACAGUGUCGGUUGGGAUCGUCACUUUCGCUGUCUAUCAGUGGGAUGAGAGGCAAAGACUGUGGGAUAUUUGGGUUACGAUGAAGGCUAGGUUUCGUUUCAUGCGCUGGCGACGCGAUGACGCGUUGACAGUAUAA